AUCGAAGCCACACGUUUUUGCCUUUUGGACGAUUUCGUAACCUUUGCACGCUUUUUGCUUCCUCCACUCACUAGACAUUUCUGCAUUUCAAUUAUGAUGGCUGUUUCGCGCUCAGAUCUGCUAGCUUGGUUGAACGAGCUUCUACAGCUGAACUAUACCAAGAUUGAACAAUGUGGUACCGGAGGAGCCUACUGUCAAAUCCUUGACUCCAUCUAUGGCGAUCUUCCAAUGGCGCGAGUUAAGAUGAACGCAAAGCACGAGUACGAAUUCGUCGCCAAUUUCAAACAAAAAAAGAUUGAUAAGCCUAUACCCAUCGAGAAGCUUGUCAAAUGCAAGAUGCAGGACAAUCUAGAGUUCUUGCAAUGGAUGAAACGAUUCUGGGAUUCCAAUUACGGCGGACAGGGCUAUGAUGCGGUUGGACGUAGGCGUGGUGCACCAGCUGAACCACCAGCGACUAUUGCUCCGCUUUCGACCGGGGCGCGCAGCGCCAGUGCCGUUCUGGGGGUCGGUCGAUCCGGUGGAAAGACGCCUAUCAGCGGACAUCGGGCAGGCUCUACGCAACCCAAUGAAGCCAUGCAGGCAUUGCAGACCCAACUCCGUGAGAUGUCGACGCACAUGGAAGGCCUGGAGAAGGAAAGGGACUUCUAUUUUGCAAAGCUUCGGGAUAUCGAGAUCCUCGUUCAGCAACAAUCAGAGACACUGGAGAGCCAAGGCAAGGAAGAUGAUAACCUUAAAGAGAUUCAAAAGAUCCUUUACUCAACAGAGGAUGGUUUCGAAGUUCCUGAAAACGCUGCUGUCGAUGAAGAGGAAACUUUUUGAUUGCGCAUGCCGGUGGAGUAUAGGAAGAAGUCUUUGUGUCAUAUCCUAUGAUAUCACCUCUACCCUCAAAAUCAAGUGUUCAUUAGCAUUAACUUCUCAUUUGCACAUUUCGUCGUUCCAUCCUCUGUCGUUCAUUAUAAUCGGAGUCUACCUAACUGCGCUCCUGCACUUAGCUCUAAUAUUCGUAUCUCUACGCAUUUGUGGAAUCUCUCGUUCUAGACCUUUAACAAAGAACAGUCACCAGCGGUAGUUUCAAGGGAUUAGAACCGCAGGCCCAAUGCAAAUUUCAAGGUGUGCUCUAAACUACCUACACAAAUGAAGAGAACCGCUCCUCCUGGCU